CACAGUUAACUGCCUGGUUCUUAAGAAAAAAAGAAAAUUUGCCUUUACUUGUGGGGAUGUGACCUGCUGCAACAACAGCGCUAGCAUAAACUUGUGUCGCUGCCUGCUGGCAGCAACACAAGUUUAUGCUAGCGCUGUUGUUACAGCAGGUCACAUCCCCAUAAGGGAAGGCAAAUUUUUUGUGCACGAUACACUCUGUAUAACUUAAAAAUGUUGCAAUUAUUGUUGACAAGUACCAUUGUUGCACAUGCAGAAAAGUAAUCAAGCCUUCUCUGUUUAUUAUUAUGCUCAAUUUCCCCCACCUAGCUUGCAAUGCCUGCAUCUGUAAAAUUAGCAAUGGCUUGAAUAUUAACAGCACUCUUGUCAUUUUAUGGCCGCUAUCUUGCAGGUGUAAAACUACCUUAGAAGUUUGCAUAGUUCUAACUCUAACAUCUAACUUUAAAAACUGUGCACCAAGAGGCUUGCACCUUUUGGUCAGUUUGAAUGUUGCCAUCCCAAGUUAUACCAAAUGCAAUCUGCAUUUUUGCAUUGAAAGGGGCUUGUAACAAUGACAAACUAAAUCUUUAGUGCCAUUCUACAGUUCCUGAGUUAUGUUAACUUGUACCACUGAUAGUUUGACGUCAUCAAAGCUGUGCCAACUUGUUCACAAUGUCUGUGCAGUUUGCUGUGGGCAUUCACAGCAGUCACAAAUAUCUUCAUUACAUUUGUCUGUUGCAGAAUGUAGCCUGCACAGCUUAACAGGUUGCUUGUCGUCCUAGUGUCUAUUAUAAUCUGUUUUUAAUAUUAUUACUUUGUUCAAAGGCACUUAUGAAAAGGCGCAGAAGAGGGCGAAGAAGGCGGAAUGCCAUUCUGCUGUUGACACUACGGAGCUGUCGGGUAAUUGCUUGUGUUUAUUGUUUUUUUUAUACUUGUGCUUAUGUGAAAGGGGAAGGCGAACUUGGAGCAAGUGGCAAGUCGAAGUGCAUGCAACAAAGGUUACCAGGAUACUGCACAGCCACUUCCAGAUUAAUAUAAACUUGUGUUGACAUGUGCUUGCCUCCUGCAUAGCUCUCUAUCUGUCCCCCAAAAAUGGUGGUGUAUAGUUGAGUAUUUUAGACCAAAGUGUUCUUUCUUUUACUGCCGAACUUCUUUUUUUAAAGAAGCUGCAUUCUUUUCUCUCUCUCUUUUUUUAUCUCCAUGCUACCUAAACAGCCCACUUUUUCAUUCAUGACUAUACCUUUGCCUUGAAAAUUUCUGAAUUGUUGAUUUAGUAUAUAGUGGCUCAAAAAUAAAUGUACACGCAUAAAUGUUCUAUUUAGGCAUUGAAGCUGGCCAUGGUGAAGAGGGGCGUGCUGCUUCACCUCGACUGGAGCUACCUGCACCCCCUUCACCAUGCCCUGCAAGGGCACCAGCAGGAGAAAGCGCCACCGGCACAUCCCCUUUGGAGACACCACAAAGGGAAAGUUCCGAGGAGAUGAUGUCGGUGCUGCUGCGGGUGCUGCGGGUGCAGCUGGAGGUGCGGCAGCAGAACAGGGACGUCUUGCAUGAGCUCCAGCAGCUGAGGCAUGAGGUACGGGUCGUGUCCGAGAGGCUGGAUGAAAUUGAGCCUCUCGACAGGACCCGUGCAGUGUCUCAGCCUGCCCUGUCGACGGUGCCUCCAGUUCUUCCUCGGCUACCUGCCAACAAUAUUGAAGAAUUGGAGGCAGCAGAGGCAGCCGUGCAGGAUGAGGCUGUGGCUGCCACCUUGCGCAAGCACCUCCUGCAAAUAGGAGGGAAGUCGCUGCGCGAGGUGGCAUCGAAUGCCAUGAAGGCUGUAAUGGCACACCCCGUCCAAGUGCUUUACAGCCUUCAUGGCAGGAAGGGGAAGAGGGCUUUCAUAAAUCUGAAGUUAUGCCGGAUAGUCACAGAUGUCAUCUGUGCAAAAGGGGGGGGCCGACCUGACAGAAGCUCAGGGCUUCAUUAAGAGGUGGUUGCCAGGGUCUGUGGACAGGGGUGGUGGCAGGAAGAGGCGUUUUGCAGAAACGUUAGCAGCAGA